AUGGCCGCCUUGAAAGCUUCAAAGAAAAGAAAGGCGGUUACCCGUGAUGUGGAGGAGGAAGCAGGCGUGUUUUCUGGCGACGAGUUGAAUUCCAAGGACUUGGAUGGCGCCCUUUCGAGCGACGAGGAUGACAGUGAAUCCGAAAUUGAGUUGGUCGAUGACUUCUCCUCCAGCGACGAGGAAGAUGAAGAAGAGGAAGAGCUUGAUAGCGACGAGAUUCCGUCUGAGGGGGAGGACGAAGGUAUGGUAAGGAAAAGGUCAACCGCGGCCCUCGACCUGGACGGACUUGAAGAUAAGGGCGAAUCGAGUGAGGAAGGAGAGCAACUGAAUUAUCGCAUUGAGAAGGAUGCAAAUGGAAAUGACCGCUACAUCUACGACGAAAUCAACCCCGACGAUAACUCCGACUACUCUGAUGUUGACGAGAACUCGAACACGAUCGGCAACAUUCCGUUGUCAUUCUAUGAUCAAUAUCCCCAUAUCGGCUAUGACAUUAACGGCAAGAAAAUCCUCCGUCCUGCGAAAGGAGAGGCUCUCGAUGCGUUACUUGACAGCAUUGAAAUCCCCAAGGGCUGGACUGGUCUCACUGACCCAUCGACUGGGAAACCUUUGGAACUGAGCCAAGAUGAACUCGAACUAUUGCGCAAAGUGCAGAUGAACGAGAUUCCAGAAGAAGGAUACAACCCAUAUGAGCCUCUGACGGAGUGGUUUACGACCGAAAAGGAAAUCAUGCCCCUUAGUGCUGCUCCUGAACCAAAGCGUCGGUUCGUACCGUCGAAGCACGAAGCCAAACGCGUAAUGAAGAUCGUGAAGGCUAUCAGGGAGGGACGUAUUCUACCAUUCAAGCCGCCCACAGAGGAAAAUGAGGAAGAUAAGGACAUUAUUAACUAUGACCUUUGGGCUGAUGAGGCUGAGCGAGCUGACCAUCCCAUGCAUGUCCCGGCUCCCAAGCUUCCACCACCAGGAUAUGAGGAGAGUUACCAUCCACCGCCCGAAUACUUGCCGGACAAGAAGGAACGAAAGGCAUGGGAAGAGACUGACCCCGAAGAAAGAGAGCAGGACUUCCUUCCUCAGGACUUUGGUUCCCUUCGUAGGGUGCCCGGUUACGAGAGCUUUGUCAAAGAAAAGUUUGAGAGAUGUCUGGACCUUUACCUAGCGCCCCGAGUUCGGAGAAGCAAGUUGAAUAUUGAUCCCGAGAGUCUGCUUCCCAAACUGCCCAGUCCAGAGGAACUCAAGCCGUUCCCAACUGCAUGCGCUGCCGUCUUUAGAGGGCACAAAGGCCGUGUCCGCAGCCUGGCUGUCGACCCGACGGGUAUCUGGCUCGCCACUGGCGGUGAUGAUGGCACCGUCCGAGUUUGGGAGCUAAUCACUGGCCGUCAGUUAUGGAGUGUCAAACUGGGUGAAGAUGAGCCAGUGAACGUCGUCCGCUGGCGCCCGGGCAAAGAUGCUGUAGUUCUUGCUGCCGCUGCAGGCGAUGACAUCUUCCUCGCUGUCCCGCCCAUUGCAGAUCCCGAAACAGAAAAGGCCAGUAUAUAUUUACUGGACGCUGGCUGGGGUUAUGCCGCGUCGAAGCCCGUCUCAAAGGCCGCAGACGAAGAGAAGAAGAUCACACCCCCUCAAUGGAUACGUCCCCCAGCGGCCCUCUCAGACUCAGGCGUAUAUGCUGUGAUCCCUCUCCGUUAUAUCGCCAAAUCAAUCUCAUGGCAUCGCCGUGGAGACUACUUCGUCACAGUGUGCUCCGGCGCCUCAACACCAGCCUCAGUGGCUAUCUCUAUCCACACCGUCUCCAAACACCUUACCCAGUAUCCCUUCCGCCGACGUAUCAAGGGUGGCGGUCCUCCACAAACGGCUCACUUUCACCCAUCGAAACCAAUCCUCUUCGUUGCCAACCAGCGUACCAUCCGCGCCUACGAUCUUUCCCGCCAACUGCUCGUGAAGAUCGUACAGCCCGGUGCUCGCUGGAUUUCCUCAUUCGACAUCCACCCGACAUCCGCCACGGCCGCUGGUGGUGACAAUCUUAUCGUCGGUUCCUACGACCGCCGUCUCCUCUGGCACGAUCUCGAGCUCUCCCAACGCCCCUACAAGACUCUCCGCUACCACCGCAAGGCCAUCCGCGCCGUCAAAUUCCAUCCCGGCGGCCGCUACCCUCUCUUUGCUGACGCUAGUGACGACGGAUCUCUUCAAAUAUUCCACGGCAAUGUCACGGGUGAUAUGCUCAGCAAUGCAACCAUUGUUCCCCUAAAGGUCCUAAAGGGCCAUAAGAUUACGGGUGAACUGGGUGUCCUAGAUAUCGAUUGGCACCCUCGCGAAGCGUGGUGUGUUAGUGCAGGUGCAGAUGGGACAUGUCGGUUGUGGAUGUAA